AUGGACCGGAAAUACGACUUCGGACGCGCUGAAGCUAAAGCUGCCACGUUUCGUGAAGCAGCGGAAGCAGUAAUCAGCAAUUUGAAUUCUGCCAGACAGAAGCGAGAAGAUCUGAUUCAGCAGGCCGAUCGUAUAACAGCAGUUAAAGAAGAGAAACGGUUGCUUGAUCUCGAACUAGAAAAGAUCGAAUCAUCUACAUCAGCUAGACAGGUAAAAGAUCGGGCGGCUACGAAGCCAGAUGCUGAAAAGAAAAAGCAGGAGUAUCGGAAAAAGAAGGAAGAAAAAGGCAAGGAAAUAGCGGACAAACGCCGGGAGCUAGAGAACCUUGAAAGAAAAUAUGAGAGAGAUAGGAGGACGCUUGAGGAAGUGGAAAGUUGUAUCGACGAACUGCAAAAUGCACUAGCGGCCUACCGAGCGUGGCUAGACAAUAAUGAGUGA